AUGAUGACUGCGGGAAAUAACAAACCACUGAUCACCACCAAUGGUAUGUUUAUCAUUGAUGAAAUCAUCGAUCGGAAGGGCAACAUACACCAGAACGUCGCUGGAGGCGGCGGGAUGUUCGCCAUGUUGGGUGGGUGCAUCGUCUCACCUAGUCGACAAGUAGCAGGAAGUUUAAGAUGGAUAGUUGACUGUGGUUAUGAUUUCCCUGCGAAACUCAAAGAAAGGAUCGAAAGCUGGCAAAGUGGUGCUCUUUUCAGAGAGGACUUCACAAGAGAAACCACCAGAGGAUGGAAUGGCUACGGUGAUGGUGAUUUGAGGCAAUUCAGGUAUCUGAACGAAAAGAAGGCUAUUACAGCAGCCGAUUGGGAAGAGUUUGGAAUGGAUAAUGUCUCAAAAAUCGAAUGUGUGCAUUUCAUCUGCUCAGGAGAACGCUGCUCAUCGUUGAUAGAGGAAAUGAAGGAUUUGAACUGCCGCCCCAAAGUGAUCGUUUGGGAGCCCGUUCCAGACCUAUGCGAUAAGACUCAUUUCGCAGAGAUUAGCGGAAUACUUGCCUUACAGGACGAUUAUACUGUGAUUUUCUCGCCAAACGCAGAAGAGGGUGCACGACUACUUGGCGAUAAAGAGCCACUCACUGUGGAAGAAAUCACCCAAUGUAUAUGGAAAUUUGAUGAUAUCUUAUCUGAUAGACAUGUGUGCGUACUAAGAUGCGGAAAGCUCGGGAGCAUGACGCUUACCUCCAGGAACAGCGCUACUGGCAAAAGAACCCUGAAACGUUUCCCAGCGUACCAUGAAGACGAUGUCUCAAAGGUCGUCGAUCCAACCGGCGGCGGAAACGCCUUCCUGGGUGGUUUCUGCGUCGGCUACACUGCGACCGCAAGUCUUGACGUGGCCAACACCUGCGGCAACAUCGCCGCGGGCUGCGUCAUUGAGCAAAUGGGCGUACCGGAGUUCAACCCAGCAACGCGCGAAUGGAACGGCUUAACACUUAAACAAAGACUCGACCGCUACCUAGAGAGAAGUCCUUCUCUUGCAUUACAUAAAUCGGACCAGCUAUGCCGAUUGCUAUCGAAUAGGUGGGAGUGA